UGGCGACGUUGAGCAUGCCUGCAAGCUGUUCGAUGAAAUGCCUCACAGGAAUGUUGUGACUUGGAAUUGUAUGAUCUCUGGGAUGGUCGAGUAGAGGAAGCACGGAGCCUGUUUGAUAAGAUUCCUGAGCGAAAUGUUGUCUGUUGGAAUUCUAUGAUUUCUGGGUAUAUCAAAAAUGAGAGGAUUGGAGAGGCUCGGAAGAUGUUUGACGAUAUGCCAUCAAGAAAUACUGUCUCCUGGUCCUUAAUGGUUUCGGGUUAUAUUCGCCAAAAGCAUUUGGAUGAAGCUUUGGAUUUAUUCAAACAGUCUCCAUCUCUCCCUACUUCUAUUUACAAUGCACUUCUGUCUGGAUAUGUUGAACUUGGAUGCAUCAAGGAAGCGGAGGAUUUGUUCGCGAGGAUGGAUUCCAGAGAUGCUGCAUCUUGGAAUUCCAUGAUCACAUGUUAUUCUAGAGCUGGGAAGAUGGAACUGGCUCAACAACUGUUCGACGAAAUGCCUCAGAAGGAUGUUAUUUCUUGGACCGCAAUAAUCCGCGGCCACUUACAAAAAGGAAAUGUCGAGCGUGCGUCUGUGUUAUUUGAAAUGAUGCCGGAUCGUGAUAUCAUGUCCUGGAACACAAUGAUGGAUGGAUUAGUUCAGAAUGGUUUGCUAGAUGAUGCUCUGAAUUUAUUUCAUAAGAUGCCUAGUAGGGAUAUUGUGUCAUGGAAUACUAUUCUGCAAGGAUAUGUUCUUAAAAAUGAAAUGGUUAAUGCAAAAAGAUGGUUUGAAAACAUGCCACAAAGGAGCGAAACCUCAUGGAACACAUUGAUUUCUGGAUAUCAAACUGCGGAGGCUCUUGUGUUGUUUUGUGAUAUGGUGAAGGAGGGAUUCAAGCCUGACCAAGUAACAUUAGUGAUAGCAAUUUCAAUUUGUGGCUCUCUAGUUGCUCUUGGAUGUGGAAAAAUGCUUCACUUAUAUGUAAUUAAAACUGGUUAUGAGCAUAAAAUAUUAGUAGCAAGCUCAUUGAUUUCCAUGUACUCAAGGUGUGGCUUUGUUGAGGAUUCUAGUCUGGUUUUCAAGAGCAUGUCAAAGCGAGACACGAUUGCUUGGAAUGCCAUGAUUUCAGCUUAUGCUUACCAUGGAUUUCCUGUGGAAGCCCUCGAACUUUAUAAAAAGAUGAUUCGUAGUAAAUUUCAUCCAGACCAUGUCACAUUUUUGAAUCUGUUGCUGGCUUGUUCUCAUAAGGGGUUAAUAAAUGAAGGAUUUUGGCACUUUAAAUCUAUGCAAGAUGAAUGGAAGCUUGCCCCCAGAGCCGAGCAUUAUUCGUGUCUUGUAGAUCUCCUUGGAAGAUCUGGAUUCAUUGCCCAGGCUUACAACCUCACGGAGAAAGUGCCAGAAGAUCUUCAGUCAAAUGCAUGGGAAACUUUACUGAGUGCAUGCCAAGUUCAUGGCCAUCUGGAAGUUGGAGAGCUGACAGCAGAAAGAGUUUUUGUUGGAAAGCAUUCUGAUGGAGGAAUGCAUGUAAUAUUAUCGAAUAUUUAUGCUGCUAAGGGGAAAUGGAGUGAAGCAUCACAGAUCAGGGCAUUGAUGAAAGAGCAUGGAUUGAAGAAGGAAACUGGAUGCAGUUGGAUUGAGGUGCAGGGAAAGAUGUUUUAUUUUGUAUCUAAUGAUAAGUCUCAUCCUCAUGUUGAACAGAUAUGCAGGGAAUUGGACUGUAUUUUUCUCAAGUUGGAGGGGACAGCUUGAUGUAAAUGAAUCAUCUUUAAUUUUAUUCCAUACUUUUUGUUGAGGGAAAA